AGCAAAAAAGUUUUGUUUGUAAACAUUGAAUAGUGGAAAUUCAGUAGUUGCACCAAAAACGGUUCAAAUCGUUUUAUUUUUACUAAUCUGUGUUAACAUUAACGUUUAACGCCGUGUUAAGUGUCUCCCCGAUCAACGAACAACCAUGGGUAAGGGCAAAGCGGAAGUUGGUACCCCCAAGUACCUGGCCAACAAGAUGAAGGCCAAGGGUCUCCAGAAGUUGCGCUGGUACUGCCAGAUGUGCCAGAAGCAAUGCCGGGACGAGAACGGAUUCAAAUGUCAUACUAUGAGCGAGUCACACCAGCGCCAGAUUCUGCUGUUCGCGGACAAUGCCGGGAAGUUCAUCGAUAGCUUCUCGUCCGAAUUCAUGACCGGAUACAUGCAGAUCCUCCGCAGACAAUUUGGUACCAAACGGGUCGCGGCCAACAAGGUGUACCAGGAGUACAUCGCUGAUAGGCACCAUCUGCACAUGAACGCCACCAAAUGGCAUUCGCUAUCCGAAUUCGUCAAAUAUCUAGGAAGAGCUGGUCAUUGCGUGGUCGACGAAACUGAAAAGGGUUGGUUCAUCAGCUACAUUGAUCGCGAUCCGGAAACGUUGGCCAUGCAGGAGAAGAUGGCCAAGAAGGAAAAAAUGGACAAGGACGACGCGGAACGUUUGGCGGAAUUCAUCGAUGAGCAGGUCAAACGGGGAAAGAAGGAAGAACCGGAACCAAGCUCUUCCUACACCGAACUCAAAAGAGACAACGAAGAAGAUACCAUCAAGAUAGAUUUGAAAUUAGGAUCCACAAAAUCAGUGGACACGAAACCUAUCAAACUCGAAAAACGACCAUUGGAAGCGGUGUCCCGAACCUCCGAAUUCAAGAAAGAGAAAAAGUUUAAACCUGGUUCGUCGGAAUUCAAAAAACCCUCAGCCCUGGAAGAGCUGAUACGUGAAGAAGAAAUAAAAAAGGAAAAGUCCAACCGAAAAGAUUAUUGGUUGGCCGAAGGAAUCGUGGUAAAAUUGGUUUCGAAAUCAUUGGGGGAGAAAUAUUACAAGGAAAAAGGUGUAGUGCUGGAGGUGAUCGAUCGGUAUAGAGCGAAAAUUCGUCUGCUUGAGACUGGAGAUAAAUUGAAAGUUGAUCAGGCCCACCUCGAGACGGUAAUCCCAUCAACCGGCAAGAAGGUUCUGGUACUGAACGGAGGCUAUCGGGGUAGUACGGCUACCCUGAAGGAAAUCGACACCGACAACUUUUGCGUAACCAUCGAGAUUGCUUCCGGUCCGCUGAAAGGGCGAGUGGUCAACAAUGUGCAGUACGAGGACAUUAGCAAGUUGUUUUAACUUAUUUUAUACACUUACUUAUUAUAUUUUCCAAGUAUGUAGCUGUAGACAUGCCAGUCUACAUUCCAAGCGUACGCGUCGCGAUAACGGAACUAGGUUAAUUAUGCAAGAAAAUAAAAAAAAUCCAAACUCAAA